AUGGCUUCGAUCAACAAGUACCUGAGCGCCGAAGAGGCAGCCAAGAUCGACCAAGAACUCAUGUCCGAAGAAGGCGCCUACACGCUCGACCAGUUGAUGGAACUAGCAGGCCUAGCAUGCGCUCAGACGCUAGCCAAGGCGUUCCCGAAAGACGAGUAUGGGAAGGUGUUGGUCAUCACCGGGCCUGGGAAUCAGGGAGGAGAUGGGCUUGUAGCAGCUCGACAUCUCAAGAUGUUCGGGUACGAACCGACCGUCUACCAAGUCGCCGAGCCGAAAAAGGAAAUCUACACCCGCCUGACUAGGCAAUGCAGGAACAUGGACGUCCCUAUCGUCAAUACCGUUGAGGAGUUUAAAGAGGUUUAUGAGAGGUCUAGUGUGGUCAUGGAUACGAUUUUCGGUUUCUCCUUCCACCCGCCUGUCAGACCACCAUACCACACCAUCCUUAACCACCUCGCCUCCCCAGAAACAGAAAACUCGAGUCAGAAGAGACUUCCUAUACUCAGCAUCGACAUCCCUUCAGGCUGGGACGUCGAUUCCGGCCGACAACCUCUCAAGGACACAAAUGGGGAUGAAGUGGAGACUUUCGAGCCGGAGGUGCUUUUGAGCUUGACAGCGCCUAAAGAGGGGGUGAGGGGGUUUAGGGGGAGGCAUUGGUUAGGUGGGAGGUUUAUCCCGAUGAAGGUACAGGAAAAAUACAAGAUGCAGCUCCCACCUUAUCCAGGGACGGACCAGAUCGUCGAGCUCGAAGCGAAGUUGUGA